GUGUAAUGAUUUUGUUUCUAGCGUUGCUAGGUACCAGAAGUUUGUUUAAUCGAUGCCUCAAUUGAUUGUAAUUAAGUAGAAACAAUUAAAAUCCGUGGAAAAAUAAAUCGUUUCAAUGGAAAUCGACGAAGUUGUGAAAAAACCUAGACCAGUUUUACCGGAUCUUCUUGGUAUCGUUUCUCAUGCUGUGCUUGACGAUAGAUCCCACGCUCUAAUAGGAGAUUGGGCUAAACGUAAAAAAAACACGAAAUCUAUCUCUGACGAUUAUACGGAUGACAAGGAAAGUAUUCGCCGGAGGCUAGAUACAAGUGAUCGUGCAAUUUCCGAGCUUCUUCGUGAUGGGUACGAACUUAUUCAAGAUAUACAAGUGGCAAAUGAUAAACGUGAGGUAGGAAGGCGUAUUAAAGAGGCGGAAAUACGGGAAGAGCUAUUGGAAAAACUACAAGCGGAGUCUGAUGAAGCUAUAGCUAAAUUCGAAUCAAUUUCGGAGAAAUGGAUAGAGCUAAAAAAUUUGAAAGACCCUAUGACUAUAAACGACGAUCUGCAACUGCAGAAGAAACGUAUACAAGAUCUUAUGAAGCAAAAAGAUAUCAUUAUUGGCGAAUGUCGCAAAGAGUUGAGAGCAGCUGAUGAACGAUACUCCAGAGAUCUAUACAAGCAGACAGCAGAUAUCCAUAGCUUGGUAGAGAGGGUAGACAGUCAAAUUGAAAUAAUGAAACGCGCUUUCAAGGAACACUUGGAGCUAUUGGAAAAUACAAUUGAUGAAGAAAGACAUAUUUUGCGAUUGGCAGCGUCGAAAAAGUGGGAUGAUUUGUAUACAAGACGAGCCGUGAACGAACGUAUAAAGCUGAAACAAGAAAGAGAUCGGCUGGAUUUUUAUCGCAAGAAGAUAGAACAUAUCGAACAAGAGCACAUAGAAGUGACAAGAGCAACACGUAUCAGAUUAGAACAAGAUAAUCAAGCAUUGGAGAUCGAAUUGCAGAAAGUUAAAACUAGUACUACUCUGAAUGCUGAAAAGCUAGAUUACAAUUUCCAAGUCUUGAAAAAACGAGAAGAUGAAAACCUGAUGGUCCGUAAUGCACAAAAGCGGCGGUUAACUAAACUCAACGAAACUAUAUUUGUGCUAAGAAGAAAAAUUAAGGAUGUGCGGAUGAAUUAUCUCAUUGAGACAGAGAAAAUUACUUCAGACAUUGCAAAGCUACGAUCCAGCAUCAUACACAUGACCACAAAGGUCAAUACUUUUGCCGAUAUAAACGAUAAAAAGUAUAAUUUUGUUUGGCUAAUGAAUCAGCAAGAAUGUUCUGAUGUAUUGAAAUCAAUUCUAAGUAUUGACAACAUUUUGGUAGAACAACAUUUAGGUCAAAAAUGGAAAACAAUUUCUAUAACCGAUGAUGGCAGUCUAGUAUCAUCUACCAUCAAUAGCGAAAAAGUGCCCGAUCCACCUCGAAGAAGCUCAACGCUACUAUCUGAUGUGUCCGAACGAGAACAGACAAUUGAAAUAUUAAAAGACGUACUACAGCAAGCCGGAUUCCUAUUCGAUAAAUCUAUUACAAAACUCAUAGAACAUUAUACAGAGGACGAAAAGAACGUCGUACACAUUGACAAUGUUCUAAGUGCACUUGGGGUACUGAAUUGGGAUGAUGUACACAAACUGAAAAGCAAGUUCGAAGAAGCGAGACAGUCACGUUUCCGCAUAAUAAGCGAAUCAUCUACGAAGCAAAGCAAGGUUGUAUUAUCCAAAACUGAACAAGAAGAUGAAACAGAAGAUGAGACGAGCAUAAUCGAAUCCGAUGUAAGCUCGUUUUUGGUGUCAUCGGAGAAUCUACGGACACUGAAAAGUUUUUCACAGGAAUUAAUAUCGAAUGGCAUGGUAUCAUCAACGAAUAAAUGUGGUGGCGGUUCAGACAAAGUGUCAACCAAACACGUUAAAGAUUAUUGGACCAAUUUCAGAAACAUGUUUCCACCCGACAGAGUAAGAGUUUGGGAAACAAUGGAAACUAAUUUGGUUCAAUACUUAAAGAUAUGUCUAGGGAGAGUGAUUGUUCAAUAGACAGAACAUUCACUGUGUUUCGUGGAAGGUAAGGCGGAGCAACGUCUCGUCAACCUGCGUAUAAGGUGUACGAUAGAGAGCAUGAUGAGAUACGUACGGAGCGUUCACCGUGUGGUGGAAGCUAGGCUGAGCACAGUCUCAUCAGCCUGCGUAUGAGGUGUAAAAGGCGGAAUGAACACAUAGCGUAGAUGGAGACCGAUGUUGGUGAGAUUUUUUCUCAAUAGUCAUAGAAGAAACUUAACAUUGAUAUCUUCUGGCCAAAUACCAUGUUGUCUGCCUUGAUUUACCCCUGAAAUAAUCACGGACCUCAUCAAUCAUAUAACUCAUGUCUCUUCGGACCCUAGAAUACCACUUCCUGCAUAUUUUGAUAUUUACAACCGGCCCAAAACAAUCAUGAGCUUAUAACUCAGGGCCUUCAACUGACCAUCUUUGUGUGUUAUUCUUGUUGUGAUCGCAGUAGACAUUGCCUAAAAUGUAACCAACGAAUUGUACUUCUGUUAUAUAUAACGUAGCAACGUAGUUUGUUGAUUUGAAUAAAAUUUUCAUUAGUCUUCUAACACCCAACCUGAACGGUCUAGUUUUUACAUUUUUAUCCGCAAAAGGUUAUGGGCCCAGGACAGGUCAUAGCCGGAAGAAAGGAGAUUUUUUUAAAGAAGUAAUUAGUCAACCCAAGAUGAGCCACGGAGGAGACGGCAAUGGAAACGGUGCUGGAGUUCCUGCUGCUGGAGUACAAGCUGCUGGGAGCGGACGAAUCAGCGGAGUUUCGUUACCGUUUAUCGAGAGGCUCAAGGGACGAGAAAAUUACACCACGUGGGCGUUCGCUAUGAAGAUGACGCUCAUCCGCGAGGGAUCAUGGAACGCUGUGUCGCCGCCGGAAAGACAGCAAGUCGACGUUGAAACGAGUUUGCGAGCGAUGGCCACGAUCUGUUUGAGUCUGGAGACGACCAACUACAGUCUGGUCCAGGACGCGAAGGACGCCAAGGAAGCUUGGGAGAAGCUGCGGAAUGCUUUCCAGGACAAUGGUCUGUAACAUCCGUUCAUAUUGGCCUAAAGCGAUGACUCUGCCAUCACUAAAAUAAAGCUGAGCCGCAGACAACAAAAUCUGCCAAAUGUCAAUUGACAGGGUCAUUGUAAGCUCUGCGCCAGCUCAUCUGGGGGACCCCGCGUCCUUAACAAUGGACUGGUUUGAGCAAAGGAGAGGUCGCGUCCAUGAAUGGGGCAACUACCGUCGCUCAAAAGGAUAGGGCAUAAUUGUGCUCGGCCUGUCGGCAUUGUUCCCUUUUGUCCGUUUUAUGUGGUCUUUCUUUCUGUUCGUGACCGUCUCCGGAAGUAGAAGUGCGCGUCGUGUAAAGUAAAUGUUUUAAUUUAAAUAUGUAGAUAAGUGUAGUUUUCAGUAAUGUUUAGUGUUGUUUGGAUUUGUUUGUUGUUUUGUUUGGAAAAAUGGAUUUAGAAUUCCAUUUACAGUAUAAAAAUUUGUUAGUUCAUCAUUUGGAAAGGCAUGAAAUAGAAUAUGAGUUAGCGAUCAGAGCAGUUCAGUAUGAAAAUACAGAAAGUCGUGCUGCGAUUCAAAGAAGAUUAAGAGAUAGAUUGAAGGAGGAAAGAGAGAAGAAUGUAGUGGAUGUGGACGUUCAACGUUGGCAGAAAUCCGUAGAUGAGGAAAUUAAGAAGAUAGAUGAGAAUUUAGAAAUAAUUAGAAAAUAUUUGGAAAAUAGAGCGCGCUUUGAAGGAGUAAAGGAUAGUUUGAAAACUCGACUGGUUCAUUAUUUCAUACGAGCACGUCGAAUUCAGGAAUACGCCGAGAUAGAAGAAGAUCUUCUAGAUUUGGAUAAUUUAAUUAGUGCUGCGCGAGGGAUGAUGAAUACUUACUUCUCCCCGUUUUCACCAGUGCAGAUAGUUCGUGAAGAAAUGGUGCAGCAAAUCGCACGAUCAUUGUCGAACAUGCAGAUGGGGGAGGACAAUCAACACUGAAAUUCUAAUUGCUCCAUCCCAAUACAAAGUGAGGUAGAUGGAGAGUCGGAAAUGUCAGAGAGAAAUAAUAGAGAGAAUCCGUUGGCCAAAACUUCUAAUUCGUCAGACCGACGAAAACUUAUAUCCAUACGUGAAACACCAAAACAAUAUGUACAGUAUCCACCGUUCGGAAACUGGUGUCCUUUUGCGUUUCCUGCGGGUCCAUAUGGGUGGCCGCAGCCAGAUAUUCAACCAGGAAAUAGCAAUCAAGAAAAGGAAAUUCGUAAAAUUUCGCUUCAGACAAAAAAAUUUAAAGUACAAAAAUCGCGAGCCAAAUUAGUCGACUCGGAAAACGAAGUAGAAUCACAUGAUUCAGACUCAUCAUCGAACGAAAUAUUCCAAAGAAAAGUGACGCGUUCGCGUCGACCAUCUCGUCGGCCUCGUCGUCCAGUUUCUGAUUGGAAUCUGUGGUACGAUGGGAGAGAUAACGGUCAAAACCUCAUGCAAUUUUUGAAAGAGAUAGAGUUCUAUGCAAAGUCUGAAAAUAUUUCCCAUAGAGAAUUAUUUCAUUCCGCGAUUUAUCUUUUCAAAGGCCAAGCUAAAACGUGGUACAUGACUUCCAUGGAAAAUGAAGACUUUUCAAAUUGGAGGGAGCUCGUGCAUGAGCUUAAAAAUGAGUUCCUCAUGCCGGAUCAUGAUCAUUUGAAUGAGAUACGAGCAAUAUCGCGUAAACAGGGGUUAAAAGAAAGGUUUCAAGAUUAUUUGGGUGAAAUGCAAAAAAUUUUCAAUUCAUCGACAAAAUCGAUAACAGAAAGCAAAAAAUUCGAAAUAGUUUUCAGGAAUUUACGUUCCGAUUACAAAGCCCACGCCGUAGCAGCCAAUAUCGAUAAUCUUGUAGACUUGAAAAAAUUUGGUCGAAAACUCGAUGCUACGUAUUGGUUUAAAUACUCAGUCAAUACACAGGAAUUAAACAAUCCGCGAACGCGACCCCAAGUUAGUGAAAUGGCAUUUGUUAGUAAAGCCAAACAAAAAUCAGUAGAAGGUGAACCGAGGAGAGCUUUUCCAACGCGAAACUUUUAUCGUUCAUCCAAGACGGAAAUAUCAGAGGAUGAACAGGGGGGAAACAGAAUUCCUCAAGAGCAAAAGCGGUCCGUAGUUAGGAAAGAAAGGAAAAACGGAAUGGAGGAAAUCUCGAGAGGCACAAAUAUAUUGCUGGAGAAAUAUGUUCCCCCGAGAGAGGGUAUUUGUUUCAAUUGUCGCCUACCGGGUCAUCACCAAGAGGAGUGUGAAGCCCCGCGACACAAAUAUUGUCACACGUGUGGGUUUCAUGAAGUAGACACUCGAAGCUGUCCAUAUUGCGCAAAAAACGCGCAGUAGACGAUCUGUGGGGGCAGGUCGGUCAGAAAGCAAUGGUAAAUCCUCCUAACUUUGUCGAUACACCCACUAAUUUGAACAAGCUAGGAUACCGGCAAGUUAAUAAAGUGGAGUAUAAUGAACCGGGGACUGAAUUAGAAGAAAUCUUUCUUCAGUUAAAUGAAGAUGAUCGCCCCUUCGCUCAAAUAAGCAUUUUAGAUGUUCCAAUUCUGGGUUUGUUGGCUAGUGGAGCACACAAGAGUAUUAUAGGUGUGGGAAGUGAAGACUUAAUCAGGUCCUGCAAAUUGAAAAUUUUUCCCUCUAAUGUGGAACUGAGUACAGCCAGCGGACAGAAACUAGAAGUCCGGGGAUAUGUUAACAUGCCUAUGACUUUUAACGGGACUACCAAAAUAAUUUCGACUUUCGUCGUCCCGGAAUUGAAACGUAAAUUGAUUCUUGGCACUGAUUUUUGGAAAGCAUUCGGAAUUGCUCCCACCAUUCAGACAGUUUCUGUCAACGAAAUACACACGGUCUCUGAUAAACAGGAGUUAUCUCCAAAUCCGCAGCAACAACUAGAAAAUGUGAAGAGUUUGUUCAAAGGGGCAGGAGAAGGGUGGCUAGAUUCUACACCGCUCAUCAUGCAUCGAAUUGAGCUAACGGAAGAUGCGAAAAAAAUAGGCCCCGUGCGAAUCAAUCCAUAUCCAAAUUCACCAAAAAGACAACAACAAAUUAAUAUGGAACUAGGUAGAAUGCUUGAGGCGGGAAUUAUUGAAAAGUCUUAUAGUGAUUGGGCUUUAAGGUUGGUCCCAGUUGAUAAAAAAGAUGGUUCGGUCCGAUUGUGUUUGGACGCGCGAAAAUUAAAUGAGCGCACAGUCCGUGACUGCUAUCCUCUACCUCAUGCAGACCGGAUAUUGAGUAGGCUAGGUCCAUGUAAGUUUAUAUCAACCAUUGAUUUAUCUAAAGCGUUUUUACAAGUCCCGCUUCAUCCAAAAUCUAAGAAGUAUACGGCUUUCUCGGUAGUAGGGAAAGGAUUGUUCCAAUUCACUCGAAUGCCGUUCGGAUUAGUUAACAGCCCAGCUACCUUAUCAAGAUUAAUGGAUCGAGUCCUGGGCGCAGGGGAGUUAGAACCAAAAGUUUUUGUGUACCUGGACGACAUAAUUGUUACCAGCCAAUCUUUGGACGAACAUAUAUUGCUGCUUCGGGAAGUGGGUUCUAGAUUGAAGAGAGCAAAUUUGUCAAUAAAUCUAGCUAAGUCGCAUUUUUGUGUUUCGGAGGUACCAUAUCUAGGCUAUGUUUUGAAUGAAAACGGGUUGCGACCAAAUCCAGAUCGCAUUGAGGCUAUUGUAAACUUUGAACGACCGAAAUCUCUCAAAGCAUUACGUAGAUUUCUGGGUAUGAGUAACUACUAUAGACGAUUUAUAUCCGAGUACAGUGGAGUGGUACAACCCUUGACUGAUUUGCUCAAAAAUAAACCAGCGAGUAUUCGGUGGGACAAAGGCGCGGAAAACGCCUUUUCCAGGAUCAAGGAACUGCUCAUAAGCGCUCCGAUUCUUACAAAUCCGGACUUCGAGAAACAAUUUUCAAUUCACUGCGAUGCCAGCAACACAGCUGUCGCAGGAGUCCUAACACAAAUGCACGAGGAAGUCGAAAAACCGAUCGCGUAUCAUUCACAAAAAUUGAGUGAUGCUCAACAACGUUACUGUGCAACCGAAAAGGAAGCACUUGCUGUUCUUAACUCGAUACAGAAAUUCAGAUGCUACAUAGAAGGCUCUCGAUUUACAGUAAUCACAGAUGCGUCGGCGUUGACAUAUAUUUUACAAAGUAGCUGGCGCACAUCUUCCAGGCUAUGCCGGUGGAGUAUGGAGCUCCAAAGAUACAAUAUGUCCAUUAAGCAUCGUCGAGGGGUUGAUAAUGUUAUUCCUGACGCAUUGUCCCGGUCGGUUGAAGUCGUAGGUAUAGAAUCAUCCAAUGACGAUUGGUAUGCUAAAAUGCAGAAAAAAGUUGUGAAAAGUCCGGAAAAAUAUAAAGAUUUUCGAAUCGACAACGGUAUACUUAAGAAAUUUGUCCCAAUUAAGAAUGAUAGUUUAGACUAUCGAUUUGAAUGGAAGAUGUGCGUUCCGGAAAGUAGGCGAGAGCAUAUUUUAGUGGAAGAGCAUGAUGAUGCGCUUCACAUGGGCAUGGAAAAAACCAUUUACAGGAUCCGGAAAAAAUAUUUUUGGCCACGGAUAACCGAAGAUGUCCGGGAACAUAUUCGUCAGUGUACUAUAUGUCAGCAGAACAAGCCCUCAACUCGAUCACAGCAUCCUGAAAUGGGAAAACAACGGGUAACUACCAAACCGUUCCAAAUUUUAGCGGUUGAUUUCAUUCAAUCCCUACCACGAAGUAAACACGGCAAUUCCCAUUUAUUGGUCACGAUGGAUCUGUUCUCAAAAUAUUGUCUUCUUUUUCCUCUUCGUAGAAUCUCCUCGGGGCAGGUGGGCCAAAUCUUAGAACAGAAUUGGUUCAGAAGGUUCUCAACUCCAGAAUAUAUCAUAACUGAUAAUGCGUCGACUUUUCUUUCGCACGAAUUCCAAGGUUUGCUUGAAAAGUAUCACAUUCAGCAUUGGGCCACGUCUCGACAUCACAGCCAAGCCAAUCCUGUCGAACGUUUGAAUAGAACAAUAAACGCAUGUAUUAGAACAUAUGUUCGUACGGAUCAAAAGCUAUGGGAUUCACGAAUUUCAGAAAUUGAAUAUGUUUUAAACACUACACCUCACACCUCUACGGGUUUCAGUCCGUACAGAGUGCUUUUUGGUCAUGAAAUAGUAGGAAGAGGGGACGAACAUAGAAUGGAUAGGGACGAGAGCGAAUUGGAAAAGGAGGAGAGGAUAGAAAAAAGGAUAGAAGUGGAUAGACUGAUUUUUGAUUUAGUCUACAAACAGUUAAAAAAGCAACAUGACAAAAACAAAUCACUGUACGAUAUGCGAUACCAACAUAAAGCACCUUCCUAUAAAGUGGGUCAAAGGGUCUUGAAACGAAAUUUCCGUGUAUCAUCUGCAGCUCAAAAUUAUAAUUCCAAACUGGGUCCCUGCUAUGUGCCAUGUGUGAUCCUUGCCAGGAUAGGUACUAGCUCAUAUGAACUAGCCGACGAUUCUGGGAAAAGUAUUGGAACAUUCUCGGCGGCAGAUUUAAAACCGAUGGAAAAUCUAAAGAAAUAAUGAAUAUGUUGAGAUUGUUUUGAUUCAUAAUGAAUAACAUUACCUUCAAAGAUGGCGCAUUGAGAAUGUCACGAGGGUAGGAUAUGUAAUCGAACAUAGCAAAUAGUUAGCUUAUGCCUCGGAAUUGAACGUAGUAUAUUCGAAGGACAUGUUUCCGGCUAGAUGAAGCAGCGAUAUGCUUUUUUCCAUUUAGCUUACUUUAUGAUACAGUUUUCUUACCGGGACGGGAGGGUAAUGUAACAUCCGUUCAUAUUGGCCUAAAGCGAUGACUCUGCCAUCACUAAAAUAAAGCUGAGCCGCAGACAACAAAAUCUGCCAAAUGUCAAUUGACAGGGUCAUUGUAAGCUCUGCGCCAGCUCAUCUGGGGGACCCCGCGUCCUUAACAAUGGACUGGUUUGAGCAAAGGAGAGGUCGCGUCCAUGAAUGGGGCAACUACCGUCGCUCAAAAGGAUAGGGCAUAAUUGUGCUCGGCCUGUCGGCAUUGUUCCCUUUUGUCCGUUUUAUGUGGUCUUUCUUUCUGUUCGUGACCGUCUCCGGAAGUAGAAGUGCGCGUCGUGUAAAGUAAAUGUUUUAAUUUAAAUAUGUAGAUAAGUGUAGUUUUCAGUAAUGUUUAGUGUUGUUUGUUUAUUAGGUUUCGUAUUACGUCCACGUCGUUGAUAAUUGUGGACGUCGUUAGAGUUUAAAAAGUAUACAAAGAAAAGGUAAUGAGAAAGAUGAUUCGAAUGGGGACGCCACGGUGGUUAACUUCUGCUGGUCAGGUCCGACCAGUGGGCCUUUUCUUUAUUAUCUACAGUCGAGGACGCAGAAGAUCGAAGAGGACACGACAGGAAGAGGCCCUACGGAAGGGACUAUCAGUACCGUUCCAGUUAAGAACCGAAGGCCAUCUGAUUAGGGAACGGAAUUUUCCUCCCACGCACGCCGAAAACCAUCAGACCGCAAGUACCGUGUGCUUUAAACCCCCCCGAAAUAUAUAGAAAUCACUACCAUUACCUUCAGUGUCAUUCCCUUUUAACAAACAGCCCUGAAUAUACAUUCUUUGACGUUAUUCCGGGCUCAUAAAGGUAGCCGUCACCCCUCGUCCGUAGUCGGUUGUAGAGAAGGUUUCACCACAGGAGCCUUGGGAACGGUAGCAAGAGAGGCUCCCCACGAGUGACGCGAGUGGCUUUAUUUAGGGUAGAUAAACGGGAAAGGGUAAACUCCUGGGAAAUUGUGGGUUGUGUGGUUCUUCUUGAGUCUGAAUCAGCAGUUUGCAACGACCCUGAGUAAUCGCGAGCAGAAGGCAUUACAGGUCUGACACGGAAAAUCGGGUUGCUGAGAAAGCUAACGUCGAUUCGGUUGGACGAAUGCGGCAGCGUGGAGUCGUUCGUCGAUGAAUUGAUGUCCACGGCACACAAAUUUGCGGGAAUCGGAUUCAAGGUCGACGACUCAUGGCUGGCUGCGUUGUUGCUGAUGGGGCUUCCGGACCAUUACAAACCCAUGAUUAUGGGGCUCGAGGCAUCCGGCACUGCGUUGACGUCGGACGCGGUGAAAGCAAAAAUUUUGCAAGAUGUGAAGCUGCAGAACGGACCCGAAAUCGCCGGUGGAGACGGAGCGUUGUAUUCAAGUUCAAGACGGCGUGGAAGCAAAAAUGGUGCGGUCAAGAAGGACGACACGUGCCACAAUUGCAAGAAGCGUGGGCAUUUUGCAGCGAAGUGUCCACAGAAGCAAAAUACAUCGAAAACGUCUGGCAAAGCUUUGUGCAGCAUUUUUGCGAUGGGCGAUGUAAGCCAGAAGGAGUGGUACUUUGAUUCCGGGGCCAUGUAUCACAUGUCUUGGAAUGAAACUGGAUUUGUGAAGCAACAGCCAAUGGCGCAUCCAGUGGGAACGGCGAACAACGGUAGCAUGAUGUCUGUCGCGAAGGGUCUGGUCAAGCUGGAGCUCAAUGAAGGACGCAUCGAAGUGAAGGAAGUGCUGCAGAUUCCGGAAUUGGCCACGAAUCUCCUUUCGAUUAGCAAGAUUUGCCAGAAGGGAAUGACGGUGGUCUUCGAUGCCGAAAGGUGUGAAGUUCGCGUGAGCAAUGGCAACGUGAUCGCAUCUGGUACACAGGUAGGCGGCUUGUAUAUGCUGAACCAGAAGCACGAGGAAGCUUUGCUGGCACCGAGUAACGGAAUUUGGCACAGACGUCUGGGACACCUCAAUCGUCGAAGUCUACGAAAGCUUGCGACGAUGGCAGACGGCAUCGACUUGGCAAAUGACGUCAUCCCAGAGUGCAUCGCUUGUAUCGAGGGUAAGCAUGCACGUAAUCCAUUUUCUUCCAGUGAGUCGCGAACCGAAAGGUUACUGGAUUUAGUCCACUCGGACCUGGUUGGACCCAUCGAAGUUCCUUCUCUCGGUGGCAGUUGUUACGUGAUGACGUUCAUCGACGAUGCGAGCCGGAAGGUUUUCCUCUAUUUCCUGGAACAGAAGAAUUAAGCAUUUGGAGCUUAUGGAAGUUUCAAGGCCAUGAGUGAGCGCCAAACCGGAUGGAAACUCAAGGUUCUGAGAACGGAUAACGGGACCGAAUACGUAAAUGCAUCCUUCAGAAGCAGCAUGGUGAAAGAUGGAGUGCGCCACGAGAAAACUUGUCCGUACACCCCUGAGCAAAACGGUGUAGCGGAAAGAAUGAACCGGACACUCAUCGAGAAGGCCAGAAGCAUGCUGAGUGAUUCGCGCCUGCCGAAGGAAUUUUGGGCCGAGGAGAACGAAACGUGGGAGCUAACCAGCCUUCCAAGCGAUAGGAAGGCCUUCCGAAACAAAUGGGUCUUCAAGACGGAGCGGGGACCAACUGGUGACAUCGAACGAUACAAGGCACGGCUGGUUGUUAAAGGUGCUCACAGCGGCCAGGCAUCGAUUACGACGAGGUGUAUUCCCCCGUAGUACGGUAUUCCACCAUUCGUUAUCUGCUGGCACUGGCGGUGAAGCAUGACCUCGAUGUGGAGCAUAUGGAUGCGGCCACUGCGUUCCUUCAAGGCAAGCUAUCGGACGAGGUCAUCUACAUGGAGGCGCCGAAAGGAUUUGCUGGCACCUCGAAGCAAGUCUGUCGGUUACGGAAGGCACUCUAUGGGCUGAAACAGUCAAGCCGUCUGUGGAACAACCAGCUGGAUCACGCACUGAAGGAGUUCGGACUGAACCAAUCAAAGGUUGAUCCGUACCUGUAUUUCCGAAUCAGCGGUGAGAAAAUGAUUUUCGUCACUAUUUACGUGGACGAUUUCAUGAUCUUUACCAAUGAUGCCAAGCUGAAGCAAAUGUUGAAAUCGUUCCUUCACAACCGCUUCAGAAUGAAGGAUCUUGGUGAAGCUUCUUUCUGCCUGGGACGGAUCACGCGUGACAGGAAGAACGGCAAACUGUGGGUAGAUCGGGAGCACUACAUCGACAGUAUUUUGCAACGGUUCAACAUGGUGAAUUGUAACCCAGUUUCGACACCAGCAGAGGCGAGCGUCAAACUGGACAAGUCCAUGUCUCCGGCGACACAGGAGAAGAUGCGCGAAAUGAAAGAGAUUCCUUACCAGGAGGCAGUGGGGUGUCUCACCUAUCUGGCGCAGGCAACGCGGCCGGACAUCAGUUUCGCAGUAAACCAAGUCAGCCAAUUCAACGUGAAUCCCGGACGUAGCCACUGGAACGCUGUCAAGCGUAUCAUGAGGUACUUGCGAGGCACGCGUUCGAACCGUCUAACGUAUUCGAAGCAGAAUAGCACAGGCUUGGUUGGUUUCACAGAUGCCGAUUGGGGAGGAGAACCGGACUCCAGAAAAUCCACCACCGGAUACGUCUUUACGUUCAUGGGAGGAGCUGUAUCGUGGAACGUCAAACGUCAACCAACAGUCGCAUUGUCCUCGUGCGAAGCGUUAUAUAUCGCGCUUUCCCGCACAGUCCAGGAAGCACUUUGGUGGUACCAGUUCCAGUUGCAGAUUUUCGGCAUGUAUCAGAUUCCCAUCCGAUGUGACAACCAAUCAGCCAUCUGUAUCGCUCAGAACCAAGGGUACAAUCCACGAACAAAGCAUCUAGACAUCAGGUAUCAUUUCGUCCGAGAUGUCCUGAAUCAAGGAGUAGUGGAGCUGGGAUAUGUGAACACGAAGCAGCAGCCCGCUGAUGGGUUCACAAAGGCCCUGGCUAUCCGGAAGCUGGAAGAAAAUAGAAGGUUAAUUGGAUUCGUUGCUUAAGGAGGAGUGUUGUGAUCGCAGUAGACAUUGCCUAAAAUGUAACCAACGAAUUGUACUUCUGUUAUAUAUAACGUAGCAACGUAGUUUGUUGAUUUGAAUAAAAUUUUCAUUAGUCUUCUAACACCCAACCUGAACGGUCUAGUUUUUACAUUUUUAUCCGCAAAAAUUCUAGCUACUACGUCCAUGCAUCAAUCAUCAUGUGAAGGUGAUUCCAGACUCUCACUCCACAUACGAUCGAUCUGCUGCAUCGGUAAUUAGUGCUAUUUAUAAACACAACAAUGGAAGUCCAACUGUAAACAUUCGAACAAUAGAAAUUUUCUUAUGCCGAAAAUUGCGACAUGUACUUUUACGGCUAUAUGGCUACUGUGUAAUAUAUAACAUGAGAAACAAUAUACACGAAUAAAUUCCGCUCUGUUACAGCUAAAUUGUUAGAUGAGCCUAAUAAUAAAAAUAAAACAGAUGGGAUAAAAAACGGCCCAAAACAAUUGCGAACCAUAAGGACGGCUACACUCAUCGUAUGUCUCAAGUCAAAGUGAUAUCGAAUAAUGACACCUGACGUGCCCUCAGCGUUUCAACCAAAACUCGUGGUUGAGAUGAUAUGCCUCCACUGGUUCAUAUCAAGCGGGCGUAAAACUACCUGUGGUGUUGGCAGUAGCUGACUUGACCUAAGCGGUUCAGCAAUUGAGAUGAGAUGUUGCCAUACUAGCGACCAUGAAGCUACCUGAGGUGUUAGCAGUAGCUGAAGAGGUAUCAUCUGACUUGCCUUUAAAUUUUCCUUUAGAAUGAUUACCGUUCUAUUUUUGAUCGCUACUUCCGUCAUUCCUUUUGAUUUAUUUUACGCUAGAGAAAUAACUAGUGAUGGAAUGGAUGUUUGUUUGGCCUGAUACCGGUUAUCGGAUAUCCGGUAAGCUUCGAAGCCGAAUGGCUGAAUAUCCGAGAGCCGGAUAUUCGGCUCUUUAUUUGCGAAUACGAAACAGGGAGAAACUACGUUGAGGAAGAAAUAAUAAUAUAGGGAGACAUUUAGGAAGAAAUACACAAUUUAAAAUAAUGAACGAUGGUUAAAUUUUCCGCUUAGAAUUAAUAUCCUAAUAAACACCGAAAGAAUCUUGAAUAUAUUGUUUUCUGAUAAGGAUUUUCUUUUUCAACGAUGAGAUUUUUGCGGAUUUAUUGAAAUAAUUUUAAUACCGGGAGAGUAAGAGUAAGGACUACGAAUUUAAAUAUGCAAAUAUUAUUUGUAUUCAAGAUUAAAAAAACUAAUAAGAACUGUCUUCAGGGAUGAUAAUCUGAUAGAUCAAAAAGAAAUAACAAAAAUUACAAAAUGAGGAAUAAAAAUAAACAUUGUUUGUUUACGGAUGUUUUACGAUAUGUGACUACCUUCUGAUCGAAUUUCUGAUAAUUUUCCUUUAAUACAAUAAAUACCUUUGGGAGCGGGGACCGACACUGAUAUUGUGAAAAUGCUCUUAAUGUGAACUAAAUGAAAAGCGUAGCAAGAAAACAUCCGAGCUCAACGUGAUAAACUCCAAGCAAUACAUCCAACUGGCAAGGUUUGUUAGAGUUUAUCUUUCAGUUCUUUGCUGUAGUGUUUACAGCGAAAAACUGUUCUCUGAAACUGUUCUGUAGAAAACAAAGAUUGGUUUUUCAAUUUUAGUACUGUUAAAAAAUUAAUAGUUGUGAUGAGAAACUAUUGAUUUUUUUUUCUAACAUCCGGUAUUCGAUCGGAUAGUAGGUCACUAUCCGGUAUCCGGUCGAAUAGCACAAAUAUUGGCCGGAUAGGAUGGAUAGGAUAAAUGUUUCAGAGCCCUACUGUAACACAGUGAGGACAAAAUACUGUGGAGGGGGCCCUAACGAUUUUACCGAGCUUGGGGCUAAAUUUUUACUGUAACGCUGCUCAUUUCCGGGCAUGCGACCGAUGAUAGAGUUUCUCUAUGAUUUCAUAUUUCCAACCUCGAGGCUGAGAGCAUCUGAAAAGGAAUCGAAGUAAAAAACAGAUGAGUAAAAACGCACGCAUUAAUACAUAACCGUAAAUUUGAAAUAGAAAUAAUUAUGUUUUUUUUGUUAAUUAUUCCAGAUUCUCAAGGAAAGGAAGGCAUAUGAUGAAGAGUGUGAAUUUUUGAGAAGACAAAAUCUUGAAUUGCAACAUUUAAUGCAGAAAAUGCCUGUAAAAUAUCAAAAAUAAACGAUUCGGUUUACGUGAACCCGAAUACACGCA